UCCGCUGCUUUGGGCCCAGCCUGACCGCUGGAACCCCGGCGGGGAUGCGUCCCCCCGGGCCGUGGUGGCUGCUGCUGUGGCUGUCGCCCCUGGCUACGCGGCCCACGGUUGUAGGGCGCGAAGAGGAGACGGCAAUGGCAGUUCCAAGAUGUAAAGCUUUGAAGGAAACAGAUAUAAUUAAAACUUCAGAGUCAGACUGUUACUGCUACAAUCAAAUGUCCCAAAUGAAGUGGACAUAUAUAUGGUCAACAGUACAGGUGACAGUUACCAGUCCAGGCCUGCUCAGUAUUGAAUACAUCACAGGCAGUCAUAAUUGCCAGUAUCCAGAUACCAUUGUAACUUUUAUCAAAUGUGUGAUUCAUAACUUUUGGGCGCCAAAGGAGACUAAUGAAUUAACUAUAGUCAUCAGUCCAUAUGGGGAGACUGUGUGUUUCUCCAUAAAGCCUGUCAGGAAGAUAUUCAUUUAUUCAAUAAGUGUGAACCGAAAUAUUGUAGAUUUCAAACUCUUCCUUGUGUUUGUGGCAGGCAUUUUCCUUUUCUUUUAUGCAAAGACCUUGAGUCAAAGCCCUGUUUUCUAUUACUCUUCAGGGACCAUGCUAGGUGUUCUAAUGACAUUAGUCUUUGUCCUGCUGUUCAUGAGACAAUAUAUUCCUAAGUAUAGCACCUUUGGGGCUCUAAUGGUUGCUUGUUGGUUUGCUUCAGUUUAUUUUGUAUGCCAGUUGAUGGAAGAUCUGAAGUGGCUGUGGUAUGAACACAGAAUAUAUAUAUUAGGCUACGUUUUGGUAGUUGGAUUUUUCAGCUUUACUGCAUGUUACAAACACGGGCCCCUUGUUGAUGACAAGAGCAGAAGUCUGCUGACAUGGACACUAUGGUUUCUUUCCCUGGUUCUCAUCUACGCUGGGGUGGCAAUGCCUCAGUGUGCGUAUGCAGUUAUGGCCCUCCUUCUCUCCUCCCGGUGCCUGUCCUACCCACUGAAAGCAUUCACUUAUACGAGAUGGAAACUGAAGCAGUGGUUUACAUCACAACAGCUGGUGUUUAAGUAUCUCUCAGAUGAAGAGUACAGAGAACAAGCUGAGGCCGAAACAAACAGUGCUCUGGAGGCGCUUCGCCAUGCCUGCCGCCAUCCUGACUUUCCUUCCUGGCUGGCCGUCUCCCGACUCCGGGCUCCUAAAAAAUUUGCAGACUUUGUUCUUGGAGCAAGCCACUUAGCCCCAGAAGAAAUCCAGCUGCAUGAAGAACAGUAUGGCCUCGGCGGUGCCUUCUUGGAAGAGCAGCUCUUUAGUCUACAGACUGACAAUCUGCCUGCAAGUUGACUUCACUUUGGUCAAGGACAUGGGUAAAUGGCAAGGAGCUUAUAGUUCUGAUAAUCAGUGGAAGAAGCAUGUACUAUGGACAAAAAAACCAUACUGGAAAGGAAAACUAACCUAUAUUAAAGAGAACUUAUUAUUUUUGGCAAAUUUUGCUACUAGUUGUACUGUAGGUGGGCAUCCAGAAACAGUGACCAUUAUUGCCACUUUCUUCGAGUAUAGACUUUUAUAAGGAACAAGGGAAAGUUCUUGAGGGAAAAGUAAGUAUGAGCAGGUACCCAAGUACCUUCUCCGUACCAAAGUACUAAAUCCUCUCUUAAUCCCCUCUCCAUCUUGAAAGACUGCAUUAUUAAUCAUACACUUCAUCAUUGUCAGUGCAGGGAGAGAUCUGAGAUAUGUUGGGUUAGUGUUUGCCAAAAAGUAUGGAAUACUAGUAAAUGUUAGGAAACAAAUCCAACUAAGUGAAACAAAAUUAAAUAUAUUGCAGAACUUUUCACCUUUCAAUGAUAUUAAUAUAUUGUGAGUCUGUAGUUGUUGUUUUUUUAACUUCAUUUGACCAUAGACCUUUUUUUCUGCGAUGAAUGAUCAAUCUUUGGAAUACAUGUUUGGAAAUUACCAAUGAUAGUGGAAUUGAGGUUUAGGGAUGAUAAGUAAACUGUUCAGGGCCUGGAAGCUGUUUGAAGGCAGAACUGGCAGGACUCCAGCUCUGGUGUGUCCUAUGACUCAGGUAGAACCUGGAGUGCCAUUUCCUUACAAUCUUGGGUGUCAUGUUGUUGGCAUCUUUUUAAUGUCUUCUAUUGGCCAACUAAUACUUGAUAACUGUGAUAAAGGGAAACAUUAAGAUUCAAUUUUAAAGUUUUGAUACGAUUUUUUUAUACAUCCUCAAGGAUCACUUUUUUAUGUAUGUUGAUAUUCAAGGCAUUUAAUCUUUUGUGACAGUUUGAGAUUUAUUUAAAACAUUGUUUGGUUAUAUAUAUUUUUUCUUUUUCCUUUAGUUUAGGUUAAGGCUGUGGUUUUGAAGCUGAAAAACAAAAGCUCAGUAGCCAACCACUCUUACUGCUAAAGUUGCAAGCAUGGGUUCCAAUCAGAGAAGCGUGCAGGGUGAAGGCCUGGGGUGGUAUAGCCAGUGACCUGCAGUGGGUGGUGGUGGUGGCAUCACCUGUUUUAAGUUUACAGGCCUUUUUGUACUUUGGUUGAUUCAAAUGCAGAAAGUGUCAAGGGAUCCAUGUUGGCUUCAAUCACAGACAAAUGGAUACUCAUCUCUAGACUUACUUGCUUACCAAUCUUUGCCUCCAUGUGCUCAGUUGUAUCCGCCACUUUGUAGAGCAAUCUGUGACCUUGCCUGGAAGUUUCCUGAGAGCCUGCUCUAUGACUUGUAAGACAUCCUUCACUGUCUCUGAGAAAGUGUCCAUUUGCCCAGUUACUUCUUGAGUCAGUUGGCUCUCCAGCUCAGGAUCAUCUUCCCCAGCCAGACCUUAUGAGAGUGAUGUAUUAGGUUGGUUGCAGAGCAUUUAGAAUGCUUGAAGUUGGAUUCUCCUAGUUCUCUGGAGAGUAAGUACCAUCUUGGGCUGCCUGCUAGUUUACAUUGAUACUAGUUUUUCUGCUCUUAUAAUCAUGGUGGGGAGAGCCUGUUGUGCUACAUCUCUCUUUUAACUCUAGCAGGCAAUGCCUGGUAGUUACAGCUCCAUAGCAGGCCACCACCAAUUUCUAUCCUCAGGUUCUGGAAAAGUAAAAUCCAUGGACAAUAAAGGGUGAGUGUCAAAGUAUGCAAUUUCUUCAAGUGAGAAGAAAAGAAACAGAGCUUUCCCCAGGCAAACGGAGUCCCAGUAGAAGAAACUUAAUCUAGGGAUGGAUAUAUAUAUAUAUGGCCUGUGCUCUGAUUGGUCACACCAUAUGCAAAAGAAACACCAGGCAACCAAGCAAUCAGAAAAGACCUGUGGUGACUUGACAGAAGACCUAAAACUAGUCCUCAAGCAGGUCUCUUCUGCUUAUUCCUAUCUCAGGGCCAUGGGGAGACUAACAGAACUGAGAAUGUAAUUCUGAGGAACUAGGGAGUGGGGAAGGACAUUCUCUUCUCUAUGGGUGGGAAUUUGAAAUGAACUUGGAAUAUCUGGAGUUUUUGUUAGGUCCUGCACUGCUUUUCCAUUGCAAGGUGUUUUCUAGGAGCCUCGAGUCCUAAUCUACCUAAUUAACUAAUUCUACCUAUUCAGCAUGCCCUUGAGCUGUUGUUGCUUUAGAUUGUCUGGUUGUUAAUAUGUAUAGCAUUUGCUAUUAUAAAUGUUUGUAUAUAAAUACACACAUACACACAUACUUAAUGAUUCCUUACAAAACAGAUUUGUGAUAUUUUUUUACAGAAAGCAAAUGUUUGUUUCUUGAUUCCUGAUGUUAAAAUUUAACCCUGAGGAAAAGAAGUCAAAACCCAGGUCUGAGAUUUGAACAUGGCAUUCUCGGGGUUAAGAUUGCUGUGUUGAUUUUCUGAGAGUCUGAGAAUCAGACUCUGGCUCUUUUGUUUUUUUCUGUGAUGGGAUCUUAAACAAUGAAGACUCCCCCUUUAUCAAGAGAAGGGCAAUGUGGUAGGUUAGUAAAGAGAAUUUUGUCACUGUCACUUUUUUGAGACAUAUUUAUUAGAGCUUUUCUGAGUUGUUAAAUGAGAAUGAUGAUUUGGAACUUUCUAGACCUGUUUUCAAAUUAUAUUUCCUCGAAGCUGUAUAUCACUAUUUAUUUAUAGGCCUGUUUUUUUGCCAGACAUCUUUUAAUAUUAUGAGCCUUUAAAAAUUUUUUAUACUAAACUAUUAUAAUCUGUGCCUUUACAUCAACUUUGAUUUCAAAAGAAUCAAACACUUUUCCAAUUUGCUUAUUUUUAUAAGCAAACAGGAGUCCCAACACUUUUUAUCAUAGUUUAAUCUGAUUUUCAUGUUCCACAAUUGUAUUUAUUGGUGCUGUAUUAUAAAUGCACCAGAUGUGCCAAUGCUGUUCACCAUGUUCAUUUCCUAAGAAUCAGUUUGUAGUAUAAAAUGUGUUUGAACAAC